AUGUCUGAGUGGAUAGAAGAACUCUCAGGUCUCUUCAAUGAUCAGAUAUCAUCAAUUCAAUUCAAUGGUUUCAACAGAAAUUAUUUCGGUGAAAGCACUCAAAGCGAAACGAGAUUUCCGAAACACUCGAAAUAUUUAUGGGCUUGCUGUCGUUUGAGUGCUCUUUACCGUUACUAUCAGUUAUUAAGAUUUGUUGUAAGAGAUAUUUUCAAAACAAGUCCUUUAACUCAUUUCUCAAUUCAAAUAUCAAAAUUCUUUAAUGUUUUUCAACCGUUGAACAUUCUAGCACGUGAAUAUCCCUUUGUGGAAGGUGGAAGAUUGAAAGGGGAAGUUCAAUGGAACUUAAAAAUAAGAGAGGGAAGAACAUUGGAAAUGUUCAAGUUGAUGGGAAAGAAGAGAACAUUUCAUUGGAAAUAUCCCUUAAAUUUAGUACAGAUUGGAAAAUAA